GUCACCAGGACGCACCUCUCCUCCUCUCCUCCUCCUCUCCGGAGCAGUGCGCCGGCCUGAGCUCACUCUGCUCGGGUACAGAGAGGGAUGAGGCCCCGGCAGGCAGCCCGGGAACACCGAGGACAUACAUGAUGUAAUGACUCUGGAGACAUCGCUGCUGGUUCUUCAGGGACUUGACGGGGUUCGAUGUCCGGACUCCCGAGCGCGUCAAGUGGGAACUUUACGCAGAGAGAUUUUUUUGGGAUGAAUUUUACGCGUCGAUUAUGGAUCAUUAUGUUUGAAUUAACUCCAAACGGACUCCGGAAUCUAAAGACUGUUCUUGUGUGUGUAACUUUCUGAGUCACCGCGUAAACUUUUUUUCUCCCGGAGAUGGAACCGGAGGAGGGGAAGAUCUCCGUGUGGGUAUGCCGGGAGGAGAAGCUGGUCUCCGGCCUGACGAAGCGAACCACCUGUGCCGACGUGGUGAAGGUUCUGCUGGAGGACCAGAACCUGCAACAGGGCAGCUCCGCCGCGAUGCUGUCCGGCUCCCCGCAGUCCUACUGCGUGGUGGAGAAGUGGCGGGGCUUCGAGAGGAUGCUACCGAACAAGACCAAGAUCCUGCGGCUGUGGAGCGCCUGGGGAGACGAGCAGGAGAACGUCCGCUUCGUCCUGGUGAAGACCGACGCGUCGCUGCCCAACAACGGGCCCCGCAGCGCCGAGGCCCGGGUGGUCCAGAGCCGGGAGAGCGGGGGUCCGAGCGCAGGACUGAAGGGCACCGCCAAGAGCUGCUGGACCGCCGCGGCCGCCGCAGCCAACCUGUCCCAGGAGAAGCAGAGGCGCAUCGUCCGGAAGGCUUUCAGGAAGCUGGACAAGAUGAACAAGAAGAAGGAGCAGACUGUGUGUAAAGACAAGGGCUCCGUGGAGAAGAUGGAGACGCUGGUGCACCUGGUGAUCUCCCAGGAUCACACCAUCCGGCAGCAGGUCCAGAGGAUCAAGGAGCUGGACCGAGAGAUCGAGCGCUACGAGACCAAAGUGCACUUCGACCGCAUCCAGAGACACGGGGUGAACUAUGUGCAGGACACAUACAUGGUGGACGCAGUGGCGGACACCGCUGCUGCCGCCGCUGGGUCGGACUGUCAGGACGCGCGGUGCACGGCGGAGGCGCUGGCGCAGUUCGAGGAGUACGCGCGCCGCUGCGAGGAGGUGGUGCGGCUGCAGGAGGAGCUGACGGAGCGGGAGGCGCUGGUGGAGUGCAUCACCGGGGAGAUCCAGGAGGAGCUGAACCGGCGCUGGAUGACGCGGCGGCGGGAGGAGAGAGGAGCGGAGGCCGCGCAGGAGGACACGGAGGACGCUGCGGUGGAGCUGAGCCUCGCCGCGUCUGCCGCUCCAGCUGUGGAGACAGAUGUGGAGAGUCUGCCCGAGAACGAGGUCCUGCUGGAGGAGGAGAGGAUCAAAACGCAGCUGGACACGAGUCUGUACAUCGGCCUGAGACUGAAGACAGACCUGGACUCCAUCAGGGGGGACUUGGACCUGAGUCUGGCACUCUGGGAGACCAAGGAGAGCGAGCUGCUGGACCUGCUGGCCCGAGUGGAGAGCAUGGACAUGGAGCAGGUGGACGCCACGGUGGGCGAUGGUGCUGAGGAGGAGCUGGGGGCAGGGGGCGCUGACACUGAAGCUGCACCCUCAGAGAAGAGCAGCGGCUGGGUGGAGCAGGCCAGAGGUCUGUCCAAGGCCUGCAACACCAACGACGACGACUCGGACACAGGCCUGAGCUCCAUGCACAGCCAGGACUCCGACAACCCUCCUGUGUGCGAGUCGCUGGUGUAACUUUGGACUCGAACGCAGAGCCACAAACUCAGGGGCCGAGGAAAUCAGUGUUGGUCGAAACUGGGAGAUGGUCUUCCUUUCUCAAAAUGCACCUCAGUACGGACACUGUAAUUCUAUAGCAAUAAUUUCUGUAUGUAGUCGUUGCACAAUAAGCUAGGAGAGGUGCUGCUCCAUCGCUGACCUUUGACCUCCAUGUGGAGGGUCAACAAACUAGACCACGUGUUAGGAGAAAUAGCCUCGAAGAGUAUUAAAGCUGCCACUUGUAUUCUGUAGUCCUCAAACUGGUUUACAAAGAGCGGAUCCCAGGUCGCUGAUAAGUUGCUGCAUCAAACGGACAGUUUCCCCUUAAAAGGUCGACGUCAGGUGUGUGACUGCACAGUCUGAUGUCAUCACACACACACACACACACACACACACACACACACACAC